GCCGCCUCCUUCCUCCUCGGGCAAAGCGGAGGUCCAGCCGUAGCGGCCCCGGAGAAGUGGGUGGAGGGAUGGCGGGUGAGAAGUGUGGGCAGGUGCCAAGUCCUGCUGGAAAAUGAAGUCAGCAUCCCCAUAAAGCUCGUCUGUGGAAGGAAGCAUGAAGUGCUCCAAAAUCUCCUGGUAGAAGGCUGCAUUGUCAAGCACAGUGGACCAACACCAGCAGAUGACAUGGCUCCCCAAAUCAACACAGACUGGAAACUUCACACUGGACUUCAAGCAUCUUGCAGUGUGUGCCUCUCCAUUCUUCUUCCAGACUCUGGGUCCUUGGUUUCCAAAUGAGAUGCAAAAGUUGCUCUCAUCAGAAAAGAGGACUUUGGACCACUGAGCAACAGACCAGUUCUUUUUUUCUUUAGCCCAGAUGGCUAAAUGUGAACCCUGCGAAAGAAGUUAUGAUAACAUGGUAAAAAUGCUUGAGGAUUUGAACAGGGAUUUGGAAAAACUUCUGGAAGACAUGGAAAAAUUAUCAGUGCAGGCUACUUGGAUGGCUUAUGAUAUGGUGGUAAUGCGCGCUAAUCCAGACUUGGCCAAUUCAAUGAGACGUCUGGAAGAUGCCUUUCUUACUUGUAAGGAAGAAAUGGAGAAAAAUUGGCAAGAAAUGUUGAAGGAGACUAAAAGUGCUGAACCAAAACAAUAACUGUUUUUGAAAUCAGUGGUGGAAGAGUUAGUCUUGAGUAGUGUGGUCAGUGUUUAUUUACAAAAUACAUUUUAAAAAUAUA